AUGUCUGAUUCAUUUUCUAGAAAUCAGGAAAAAGAUGAAAUGGAAAUCUCAAAAUUGUCGUUAGAUCAUAUUAGUGAUAUCUCAGAAAUAAAAGAUAAAUUAUCUAAAAAAGGGGUAAAAAAACUGCAAGAAAGAAUAAAUAAAGAAAAAAAAAGAAAAGAUAAAGAAUUAUUAUGUUUUAAAGAAAAAAAUGAUAAUUUACUUCAAGAUUUUGCAAAAGAUAAUUAUGGAAAAAAAAAGAUGAAUCAAUCAUUUGAAAAAUUAGAAAAAUCAUUUUAUUAUAUAAAAGAUUUAUCUAAAAUAAUGAAUGGUAAAAAUAUUACUCUCAGAGCAAGACUUCAAACAUCUCGUUUGCAGGGGACUAAAAUAUGUUUUUUAUUGUUACGCCAACAUUUAAGUACAGUACAAGCUCUUGUUAUUGCAAACCAAAGUUCAAUAAGUAAACAAAUGGUGAAAUGGUGUGGCUUCAUUAAUCCUGAAAGUAUCGUUUUAGUGGAAGGAGAAGUAAAGGAAAGCCCUGCUAUUAUUAAAAGUUCUACACAACAAGAUAUAGAAAUUCAUGUUCAUACGAUUUUUAUAGAAAGUGAAUCUCUUAGUAAACUUCCGUUUCAAAUCCAAGAUGCAAGUCGAUCUGAAAAUGAAAUAAUUCAGGAAAGAAGUAAUAAUGAUGACCCAAAAUAUGCACGAGUUAAUCUUGAUACUCGUCUUAAUAAUAGAAUAAUCGACCUUCGUACAUUUACAUGUCAGGCUAUUUUUCGUAUAUCAUCUGGCAUUUGUCAACUAUUUCGUGAAUAUCUUCUUGAAAAUAAAUUUGUUGAGGUACAUACUCCUAAAAUAAUAUCUGCCCCAUCAGAAGGAGGAUCCAAUGUCUUUAGAUUAGAUUAUUUCAAAGGAGAUGCAUAUCUUGCUCAGUCUCCGCAACUAUAUAAACAAAUGCUAGUGCUAUCUGAUUUUGAUAGGGUUUUUGAAAUUGCACCUGUAUUUCGUGCAGAAGAUUCUAAUACUCAUCGUCAUAUGACAGAAUUUACUGGACUUGACUUAGAAAUGGCAUUUUAUGAGCAUUAUCAUGAAGUCUUGGAAAUGAUCGAAGGUCUUUUUAUAUAUAUAUUUAAAGAACUUCCCAAACGAUAUGCAAGUGAAAUAGAUAUUAUUAAAAAACAGUUUCCAAGCACUGGUUUUCAAUUUUUAAAAAACAAUAAAGUUGUUCGUCUUACAUUUAAAGAAGCAGUAGAUUUGCUAAAAAAAGCGGGCAUUAGAACAGACAAAAACCAAGAAUAUUAUAUAGAUUUUUCAACAGAUGAAGAACGAAAGCUCGGAAUGUUAGUCAAGGAAUUUUAUCAUACUGAUUUUUAUUGUAUUGACAAAUUUCCUUUGGUUGCUCGGCCAUUUUAUACAAUGCCAGAUCCAGAGGAUUCUGAUUUUUCAAAUUCUUAUGAUUUUUUUAUGCGCGGAGAAGAAAUUUUAUCUGGAUCUCAACGUAUACAUGAUCCAGAAUAUCUUCAAGAACGAAUUAAGGCUAUGAAUAUUGAUACAACUGGUUUAAAAGAUUAUAUCAAUAGUUUUAAAUACGGUGCUCCACCUCAUGGAGGAGGAGGAAUAGGUUUAGAACGUGUUGUAUUUUUGUAUUUAGAGCUUGGAAAUAUCAGACGUUCAUGUUUAUUUCCACGCGAUCCAAAAAGACUUGUUCCAUAA